CAGUAAGAUAAUAUGAGAAAAAAGAAUAAAAUAAAAUAAAAUAUAGAAUGCAGAACGUGAUAUAAAAAUAAUUAGCAAUUACAAAAGAGAGAGAGAGAGAGAGAGAAACCGGUUAACGGAAGAGCUGAUGAAGUUUGCGGAUCGAUCGGAGGAAAAGGUAGCACGAAGAAUGCGUGCAUAAACACGUCUAUUAAAUAUCAGCGGGAAAAAGAGAGGCUUCAUAAUCGAUGAGACACCCCAGAGGGAAUUCAGUGACAGUUAAGUCAUGGAGAGAUUCAGUCCGCCAGCAACGUCGUUGAGGAAGAGAAUUAGCCCUCCGAUAGCUUGGAAUCUCGGCCUUACUAGCAGGGAUCCGAGAAUUGUCAAAGUAAUCCUACUGGGACAUCAAGGCGUCGGUAAAACCGCCCUGGCAGUGCGAUUCGCGACCAAACGGUAUAUAGGGGAGUACGAUUGUUCUAUCGAGAGGGUUUACAAAGUGGACAGUUUCCUGGAUGCGGCGUGGGAGAUAACCGAUCCCCCAGGAUACCUACCACCUCCGUCCGAACUGAAAUUACGGUGGGCAGAUGCUAUCGUUCUCGUUUACUCGGUGUCGGAUCGUGUCAGCUUCGACGAAACAUCUCGUCUUCGAUUUCUAGUAUCACACGCGAGGAAAACUAGAAAGGUUCCACCGAUAGUAAUCCUGAUAGCAAAUAAAGCAGAUUUAACGUACACUCCUGGUGAAAGGGUAGUUUCUACGGCAGAAGGGCGUCAAAGAGCGGAAGAGAUCGAGGCCCACGCGUUUCAUGAAAUUUCCGUCAGAGAAUCUGUCGAACAGGUCAUGGCCGUUUUCACCGACAUCUCCAAGCUGUUGACGGAAUUGCCGGGCAAUUCUGGCCAACAAACAAAUUCCUUCAGGGUGAGAGCCUCCACUGAUGGCACCUUGGACGCUCUUCGACGCCCCUCGCCUGUUCCCCUCAAACGAAGAUUCAGCAUUUCCGUUCGAGGAACCCUUCAUUAAGCGAAGACCAGCUAGGAGCUUAAAACUAUGCGCUCUGUAACAAAGCUGCUGUUCUAAUCCUUCGAGUUUCGAGAAAUAUCGACUGUUCGUUGUCAAUUUGUAAUAUCGUGAUCGUUUAUUGUAAAAUAUCGUAAAGGUGUAUUUUGUUCAUUUUUAGAAAUAUUUUAGUAUUCACUUUGAGAAAUAUUUUUUACAAUCUUUUCACGCGUUGCGAUAUAUUUUUAGAUUUUAAACUUUUAAACUAUAUUUUUAGAUUAUUAGAUAACAUGUUUGUGGUCCUAGUCUGUUCCGAGUGAACUGCAAUGUGCGCUAUUGAAA